UUGUUCUUCUUUGCUCUGAUUAGAUUAUAUGUAAGAAUUGAUAAAAUUAGGGUUUUUGAUUAAGGCAACGAAUCAGAGCUAACAGAACUUUGAUUUGGGAAGUCUUUUUUUUUUUUUUUUUAAUACUUUGAAAACGAAAUUAUGGGAAAGCCAACUGGGAAGAAGAAGGAUCAGCAGGUCCCACAGAAACCUGGAAAUAAUGCGAACAAUAAACCUGGAAAAUCCUCUGAUCGAAGCUCGAAAGCUUUCGAUGAAGACACGGCGAUCUUCAUAAACAUGUCUCAGGAGCUCAAAGAAGAAGGCAACAAGCUCUUCCAAAAGCGUGACCAUGAAGGAGCUAUGUUGAAGUACGAGAAGGCCCUCAAUCUUCUUCCCAAAAGCCACAUUGACGUUGCUCAUUUGCACACGAACAUGGCCUCUUGCUAUAUGCAAAUGGGCCUCGGCGAGUACCCUCGGGCAAUCAAUGAAUGUGGUUUGGCCUUGGAGGUUUCUCCGAGAUAUAGUAAGGCUUUGUUGAAGAGAGCAAAGUGUUAUGAGGCGCUGAAUCGGCUGGAUUUGGCGCUGAGAGAUGUGAACACUGUUUUGAGCAUCGAACCGAAUAAUCUUAUCGCGUUGGAGAUUUUGGAGGGGUUGAGGAAAACGAUGAGCGAAAAGGGUAUUGUUAUCGAUGAAAAGGAAAUUGGCGUGGCGGCCAAUGUGGUGCAGCCGAGUUCUUCGCGGCUGCGUAAAGUGGUGAACGAGAAAAUGAAGAAGAAGAAGGGCAAGAAAGUUGUGGACAAGGCCGCAGUGGUUAAGGUGGUUGUGGAGGACAAAGGCGGCGCUGUUAAAGACAAAGAAGUCAUCGCAAGGACUGUUGUUGAGGGAGCUGAAGUGGCCAAGAAGAAGCCUGUCAAGGAAGAAAAACCGGCUAUCAAGACGGUUAAGUUGGUGUUUGGAGAGGACAUAAGGUGGGCGCAGUUACCGGCGAAUUCUAGCUUGAGGUUGGUGAGGGAGAUUGUUAAGGAUCGGUUUCCUGGCUUGAAAGGUAUUCUUGUGAAGUAUAAGGAUCAAGAGGGUGAUUUGAUUACAAUAACCACUGCAGAUGAGCUGAGGUUGGCUCUAUCUUCAGGUGAUCUGCGGGGGUCACUGAAAUUAUACAUAACUGAGGCGAGUCCUGAUCAAGAGCCAGGUUAUGAGGGAAUGAGUGAUGAGGAGGAAGAUAAAUAUAACACAAAAUCAAGUGGUGCUAUCGAGAAUGGAGAAACGGAAAAAGGGGUUACUUGUGUUGAGGACUGGAUUCUACAGUUUGCGCGGUUGUUCAAGAACCAUGUUGGUUUCGAUUCUGAUCCGUACUUGGACCUUCAUGAACUUGGAAUGAAACUACACUCAGAGGCCAUGGAGGACACUGUAACAAGUGAUGAUGCUCAGGAACUUUUUGACAUUGCCGAAGAUAAGUUCCAAGAGAUGUCAGCUUUGGCAUUGUUUAAUUUGGGAAACAUCCACAUGUCCAAGGCAAGGAAGCGAGUGAGUUUCCCAGAAGACGCUUCGAGGGAUUAUAUUGCUGAGCAACUUAAGGCUGCCUAUGAUUGGGCGCGGAAGGAGUACAUGAAGGCGGAGAAGUGGUAUGAAGAAUCUCUGAAAAUUAAACCAGAUUUCUAUGAAGGUUAUCUUUCGCUCGGGCAGCAGCAGUUUGAGCAAGCAAAACUCUGCUGGUAUUACGCAAUUGGGAGCAAGGUUGAAUUAGAAACCGGACCUUCCUCUGAGGUUCUUCAGCUUUAUAACAAGGCUGAGGACAGCAUGGAGAAGGGUAUGCUGAUGUGGGAGGAGAUGGAGGAGCAACGUCUAAACGGACUCUCCAAAUUCGAUAAAUAUAAAGCGCAUUUAGAGAAAAUGGGGUUGGAUGGUCUGUUUAAAGAUUUGUCUGCUGAUGAAGCUGCAGAACAGGCUGCAAAUAUGAAGUGUCAGAUAUACCUUCUAUGGGGUACCUUGCUGUACGAACGUUCUGUUGUGGAAUAUAAGCUUGGCCUGCCUACUUGGGAAGAAUGUUUAGAGGUUUCCGUUGAGAAGUUUGAACUUGCAGGAGCUUCUCCAACAGACAUAGCUGUUAUGAUAAAGAAUCACUGUUCCAAUGAAACUGCACUAGAAGGUCUAGGUUUCAAGAUUGAUGAGAUAGUGCAGGCAUGGAAUGAAAUGUAUGAUGCUCAGAGGUGGCAAUUUGGUGUUCCAUCCUUUAGGCUUGAACCAUUGUUUCGUCGGCGGGUUCCUAAACUUCAUUCUAUCUUAGAGCAUGCUUGAGUUUUCGUAAAUUGGCUAUUAUUUAGAAGCAAAUUAGUCAGUUUUUCUUAGCCCAACUUUGGAAGCUACCUAGUUGCAUGCUAAGAUAGGUCUUUUUUUGUUUUCCUACAUGGACUGUUUGUGUUUUGCUUCUUGUUUGCUGGGGGAGCAAGACAAAGUUUGGUUGGUGUUGCUUUUGAAUGUGAGAGUUGGGGUGAUUGAGAUUAUUUCUUAUUUUUUGGAUUUUUUUUUUUUUUUUUUUUUUUCACGGAGAAAUUAUUCACACAGUUUGAGAUAGUGAGUAUAUGAUUGAAUUUGCCCAUUUUGAAAUGAAUAAGUAAAAGGGUAAUUCCGUUCUGUUGAGAGGUUUGUUGAUUGUUGUAGAUUGUCAUUUGUCAGUUAUAAAUAACAAAUGACAAUGUUUGGGUUUUUUUAUUUAUUAUUUUUU